AUGUCAAAUACACCACCGGAACAAACUAACGCAUCUCAAGUACAAAAUUUGGCUACAGCAGUUGAAAUAGUUUUAAGUGAUAAAGAAAAAGAAAAGAAAAAAUGUUCUAAUGAUAACAAAGAAGAAAAAAAGAGAAAAUGUUCCAUGGAAGAAAUCGAAGAAGAGAUCCUUGACAAAAAAUUAGAUGAUGAAUACAUUGUAGCAAAAGAAAAAAAAAAGGAAAAACGAUUGAUAAGAGAAUUGAAGCAAUAUGGGAAUAAAUAA